AUGAAUAUUUUAUGGUUACAUGACAAUAUCAAUGAUCAUAAAGAACUUGAUAAACAAUUAAAAAAUUUUGAAAAACCGAUUAUAAAUUUUACUGAUGAUCGAUCAUGUAUAGCUUUCCUAAAAACUUCUGAGCAGGAAAACAAUGAUCGACCAUCGGUUCUUAUUGUUCUCAAUCGAAUAGGUCGUCAAAUAGUGCCUGAAAUACAUUCAUAUACAACUUUAUUAUCCAUUGUUAUUUUUUGUACAAAAAAUGAUAACAAAAUAAAAUGGGCGAACAAAUACAAUAAAAUCAGAGGCAUUUUCAUAGAUCCAAAAGAACUUAAAACAUAUGUUCGACAAGUGAUCCAAAUAUCGGGUCUUUUAGUGUUACUCGAUGAACAUCCUAAUGAGAUAAUUCAACAGCAACUUUACCGACUUGAUUCAUCAUUAAUCAUAAUUAAACGAAUCCAUUCAUGUCUUAGUCAUUUCCGAUCUGUUACAUAUAAACGUCCAUUGAUGUUAAUUUCUACAAAUGCCUUAGGACGACAAAUUGUGCCUGAAAUCCAUUCUGAUAAUCAGUUAAAGGCAAUCUUUAUUUAUUAUGUUAAAAAUGACACAAAAAUUAGAUGGACUACUAAAUACAACAAAAUUAAACUAGUAACAACAAACAUAAUUGACUUAAUAAAUGGUAUAAGAAAUGAAGGUUUAUACUAUAGCGCUUUACUUUGGCAUCUUGUUUGUCUCGACGAUCAUAGCGAUGAAGUGCUUCGACAUCAUCUCUAUGAACUUGAUCCUUGUAUAAGAACAUUCGAUCGAUUUGAUAUAUGUCAAACAUAUCUUGAUUCAAUUAAUCAACGUACCAUUGCUACGAAACCGGUUCUAUUUGUUGCUAUUAACAGGAUGGGGCGACAAUUUAUACCUGAAAUUCAUUCAAAUGAUCGACUUAAAGCUUUUUAUAUUUUUAUUUCCUCAGAUUCAACUAACGAUCGAAAAACCAAAUGGACUACAAAAUAUAACAAGAUAAAACGUGUAUGCGCCGAUAUCAAUCAAUUGAUCGCAUAUAUUAAACAAGAUGCUGCUGUUCUCACACAUAGCAUCAUUCGAAUUCCUAUAAUUGCUCCUGUUUAUCGUUUAGAUUAUCAAGAUAUUCAUAAUGUUUCGCCGUCUUCAACAAAACCUGAUUAUCUUACCGAUUUAACGGAUGAAAAAAUAUCUUUUAUUGUUUCUGAUGCUUUUGGUCAACAUAUUGUACCAUUAAUUCAUGAAAUACCGCAAAUUAAAUCAAUCUAUGUAUUUUGUGGUGUAAAUAAAUCGAAUUAUGAAGCAUGGGCUAAAGACAAUAUUGGUAGUGUUUUGCGAAAUCAAAAUCAAUUAAACGAAGCGUUAGAAUACAUGGAGCGAGCUCUUCACAUCGAACUUCUAGCUCCACAACCCAAUUCACUUAAAAUUGCUUCCUAUCAUAACAAUAUUGGUCUCGUACUGACUGAUCUGAAUAAUUUCAAUAGUGCAUUAAUAUAUUAUGAACAAGCGUUCAAAAUUCAACAGAAAUACUUGCCACCAAAUCAUCCUGAUCUUGCCACAUCAUAUAAUAAUAUCGGCGCUAUUUAUAAUGAACUUCAAGACUAUAGCAAAGCUUUAUCUUUUUACGAAAAAUCUCUUGAUAUAAUGCAACGAUCGCUGCCACUCAACCAUCCUGAUCUUGCCGUGCCAUACAAUAAUCUUGCCUCUAUUUACAAUGAACUUCAAGAAUAUAGUAAAGCUUUGUUAUAUUAUGAAAAGUCUAUACAAAUCAUGCAAAAAUCAUUACCACCAAAUCAUCCAUUUUUAGCUCUCGCUUACCAUAAUUUGGCAUUAACAUUUUAUCGUUUACGUUCGUAUAAAACUGCACUAGAGUAUGGUGAAAGAGCGAUAGAAAUAUAUUAUCGUGCAUUGGAACCUAAUGAUCCACAAGUGAUAACUUGUCAAGAGACUCUGAAUGCAAUUCGUGAAAAAUUAUAA